AUUACUGCCAUGUCAGUUUAGGAAAAACUUAGUGUUUGUACUGUAUAAAAGUCGCCCUUAAACGGAGAAAGACAUCCAGGUGGUCUUCACAAAUGAGAUAAAACUAACAUGAAGCACGCAGAAGAAGAGUGUGUUCAAAAAUUAACGGUGAAAAGACUCUUUCUCACCCGUGGAAAACUGAAAGCAUCAAGUCGCACAUCGGCUUUGAUGUCCGGUUUUGCCAUGGUAGCCAUGGUGGAAAUUCAGUUAGAACCAGGUAUACCAGAAGGACUUUUGAUAGCAUUCAGUGUGAUGACUACCAUUCUGAUCUCAGUUCAUGUCUUUGCACUUAUGAUAUCUGUCUGUAUUUUGCCAAACAUUGAUGGCGUGGCAAAUAUUCACCAACAAGGCACCCAAGUUGUACGUGAUUCUCCUCAUGAAAAACUUCACACUCACAUUGAAAUUGCAUGGAUUUUCUCAACUGGUCUUGGAACACUUCUCUUUUUAGCUGAGAUUGCUAUACUCUGUUGGGUGAAGUUUUACAAUUACAGUAAGCCUGCGGCAGUGGCUGCUUCUGUGGUAUUAGUACCUGUAUGCAUUGUGUUUGUAUGGUUUGCAGUGCACUUUUACCGGUCUCUUGUCCAACACAAGUAUGAAAGAUCAUUUCAGAGAAUUGAAGAACUUCAACAGAUUGCAAACCAACUGCACACAGAUACAGGGACAGCACCAAGCUCACCAGCAGCCAGUCCAUUUCCUAAUCACCGGGUUUGAGAUAGUUUUAUGGCACACACCCAGUGUGAUAUGCUUUUUAUUGCCAUGCUCCUUUUUCUUACUGCACUUCCCAAAAUCUAACUUGCAAUCCUCUCCUUUGCUGCUUCUAUUUUCCUUGUAAAUUGAUAAAAUAAUUUUUAUCCCAACUGAAGAUAAUACCCUCUAGCUCAUAUGUUGUGUUUCCUUAUAACCUUUUUUCUGAAUAAUCUAUCAAAACUGUAAAGGGACAGGAUAUGAUAAUCAUUUUUGGAGGGAUAAGAUACAAAUUGGUGUAAAACAAUAGAAACUCCCAGAGGUGAUGAACAUAUAACUUUACCUUAUAAUAUCCACGCAUUAUCCAGCAAGUAGGUAAUGAGAAUACUCAGACUUAUCAAGAAGAAGUUGUCAUCAUGGUCUAUUGUCAAAAACCCACAAAAGAUUGCAAGGAAAUGUGUAGCAGGUAGAGGGGAGAACUAGCAAUGAGAUCUUGGGAGUUAAAGGGUUAAACCACCAUGAGUAUUUUCAGGGUGUCAUCAUUGUUGGUCAUAAGUGCAUUGUGAUCUCAUUUGCUCUGACUUUUCUGUGGGGUACUUUUCUUUGUAUAAAAUUAAAUAUGGAAUAGUUAUAAAUAAUUGUAAAAUGCAACAGUGAUUUUUUUUUAGACUAAGGGGCUUCCAUUUAACACUUAAGCAUGGUAAUGCAAAAUUCCUUUGAUACUGAGCAAAGAACUCUGAAAAAUUCUUAAACAUUAUGUAACAUUGUUUAAGAAUAACCACAUGUGAUUUCAUUCUUAGGAAAUUUUCCAAAUCAGGGGAAGGCUUUUUGUAGUUGUUUAUGAUGGCUAGUACUUCUGCUGCUGAUUUUGCAAAUUUACCAUGAUUUGGUUUAUUUGUUUCCAUCAGUGAAGUAAUAAUUUAACUUCAGCCUAUUGAAUCAAAGUGGUAUAGGCAUGGACAUUGGCAGUAUUUGUAUGAUAAAAAAUUGAUUGAAACAGGUUGGGAAUUGAGGUCCUGUCCAUUCCGUUUAGCUGUAUUUCUCCUUCUUUUGACUACAAUUUUACAUCUUACAAAGGAAUUGGUAUUAUUUAUUUUUACUGUAUUCAGAACCAGCAUCAACAGAAUACUUUACUGAAUUGGUAAUGAUUACUAGAGUAUCAAGUAGGUUGCUGUACAAAAUUUAUUAAGUUAUCUUACAUUAUAUUUAUUUACAUGAUGCAGAUGCAUUGUACAUUACAGAAACAAAUCUAAACCAGAGUAAACAAUCUGCCAACAUUUGUAAACAUUAUUGUAAUCUGCAUAAAGCAGAGGGGAUUUUCUUGGUGAGAAAAUUGAUCAAGUUGAUUCUUGAAAGACAUUGGGCAAGUCUUUUAAAAUGAAUCCAGAAGAUUCUCCAGAUUGCAAUUGGUUGAUUUCUACAGUACAAAUCUAUACACUAGUCAGGCGUCUUUGAAAAACUUGCACUCAAUCCUACCCUAGGUAUUUCCAUGUUCUAGUAUUUCUUCAUGAUUAGUUAAAAAGUUUUAGACUAAGCUAAAAUUUUGGUAUGGAUAUUUAGCUAUGCUGAUUUUCUUCUUUUAAGGACACAUAUUCAUAGAUCAGGUUUUAUCUGUUACAAAAUUCCUACACCUCUGGCUUUUGUUGUUAUGUACAUUGCAAAAAUAUAGGGACAACUCAAUAAAAUGGU